AUGUUGUCCAUGUUUCAGGUGUUGGAAUGUCGAGUUUGUGAAGAUGUAUUUAAACUUCAGGGUGACAAAGUUCCAAGGUUGUUACUGUGUGGACAUACAGUAUGUCAUGACUGUCUGACACGCCUUCCUGUAAAUGGGCGACUGCUUCAUUGUCCCUUUGACAGACAGUCAACAGAAUUGAGUGACUCGGGUGUUUGGGGACUUAAGAAAAACUUUGCUUUAUUGGAACUUCUUGAACGUCUGCAAGUUCUGAAUGAACCACUUACAUCUCCUGACAUUGAUAGUGGGAGUGAUACUGUGCAAUGUGAUGAGAAUGAAGAACAUACAGCAAGUAUUUAUUGUACAGUUUGUGAAACCAAUUUGUGUCGUGAUUGUGAAGAGGUAACCCAUUCCACUAAAACCCUUGUAAAGCACAGGAGAAUUCCAGUCUCAGAGCGACCCAAGGAGAAGCCCAAAUGCACACAGCAUUCUGCCCAUGUGAUUGAAUUUACUUGCUUAGAGGAAGGAUGUAGAGAUAACUCCUUAAUGUGUUUUGUGUGCCGUGACUAUGGAAAGCAUCAAGGACACAAACAUACCCUCUUAGAAAAUGAAGCGGAAAAUAUGCGUGCAUCUGUGACUAACGUCAUUCAGCAUGUCAGGACGUUUACUGGUGAAGUAGAUGGGUCAGCAGCCAAGCUUACUUCAGUUAUUGAGGCAAUUGAAGGUAGCUAAAAUCUAAUUUAUUGUUCCAGAAAACAUCCAUACCCCGUCGGUGGAGGGUUUUGGUUUACCCCUGUCUGCUUCCCCACCCCCAGUUACUCUAAUCAAUAAUAAUAUUGUUAUUAUAACAAGGCUGCUGCCCAAGAACAUUUUUGGCAGAUUUCUGGGAGCCUAUUGAUCGAUAAACUUAAAUAAGAAAGCAGACGCUAGAAACUUGAUUUACACUUCUUGAAACUCGAUUUGAUUGAGUUUCGAAUUUCCACAAAAGUUCUUGUUUGUUUACUUUUAUCAGUGGAAAUUUUUUGCCUAUUGUCGACAAACAAAAGUUUUUUGUUUUCGUUUCAAAAGCACAAAAUGAGCAGGGAAUUCUGUUUUCAUUCAUUGGAAGUAGGCAUAGAGGCUAUUGCCAUGAGAAUCAUAAGUUUUAGGCGACCAUGCGGUCUCCGUCAGAGCCUCUGGCGAUUGGGCACCCGUUAGGCAGCAGCCUUGUGUAACACCACAUUCUUCCACUUAAAACUUCACAGACAUUUGGUAUUAUAAAAAUUUAAGUCUAUUUGGCUUAUUAUUUAUUACAGCAGUAUUUAAUUUUUUUAGAAUUCAGUGUUUCUGUCUUCUGAUUUGGUGCCGGUUGUCAACUUGUUAAAAUUGCUUGUACUUUAGGUGUAGUUGCAAUGCACGAGGGUGACCAUGGUAAUGUUAUUGCUCNCUAAAAUCUAAUUUAUUGUUCCAGAAAACAUCCAUACCCCGUCGGUGGAGGGUUUUGGUUUACCCCUGUCUGCUUCCCCACCCCCAGUUACUCUAAUCAAUAAUAAUAUUGUUAUUAUAACAAGGCUGCUGCCCAAGAACAUUUUUGGCAGAUUUCUGGGAGCCUAUUGAUCGAUAAACUUAAAUAAGAAAGCAGACGCUAGAAACUUGAUUUACACUUCUUGAAACUCGAUUUGAUUGAGUUUCGAAUUUCCACAAAAGUUCUUGUUUGUUUACUUUUAUCAGUGGAAAUUUUUUGCCUAUUGUCGACAAACAAAAGUUUUUUGUUUUCGUUUCAAAAGCACAAAAUGAGCAGGGAAUUCUGUUUUCAUUCAUUGGAAGUAGGCAUAGAGGCUAUUGCCAUGAGAAUCAUAAGUUUUAGGCGACCAUGCGGUCUCCGUCAGAGCCUCUGGCGAUUGGGCACCCGUUAGGCAGCAGCCUUGUGUAACACCACAUUCUUCCACUUAAAACUUCACAGACAUUUGGUAUUAUAAAAAUUUAAGUCUAUUUGGCUUAUUAUUUAUUACAGCAGUAUUUAAUUUUUUUAGAAUUCAGUGUUUCUGUCUUCUGAUUUGGUGCCGGUUGUCAACUUGUUAAAAUUGCUUGUACUUUAGGUGUAGUUGCAAUGCACGAGGGUGACCAUGGUAAUGUUAUUGCUCAGCAUCUGGACGGUACAGCUGAAGAGGCCAGACACAAGGUGCGGGCAUAUUUUGAUGAUCUACGCGAGACAGUCAACAGACAAGAAGAAGCUGGGCUUGCUGUGGUAAAUAAUUAUGUUCGAGAAAAGUUGCUGUCCCUGCGUCAGCAACAGGAAGAUAUGGCUGUUCUUAUGUCACAAGUUACAUCUGUAUGUGUGGAAUGUGAGAGAGCAUUAAAGAGGAGUGAUGCUGAGGUAAGCUGGCAUAUUUGUAGAGUAGUGCUGCAACAGUAUACUGAUUCAGGGCCUCUUGACAUGAGCCCGGUUACUGGGAUGAAUUUCGCCUUGGGUUUGUAUGAGAAAUUUCAACCCAGUUUUUGAGAGGAGAAAAGGUCAAAGAUCCCGGGGACAAGUUCUGGUGCCAAAUUCGAGAAACACAGCAAUCAUGGUGAAACACAAAAAUUUUAACUUUCGUGCCUUUCAUAGCUUCUGCAACUCUUAAAGCAGUAUCACUGCAGUUAAAUGGGAUGCUUAUGACGUGGAAAUACAGCAAGCAAGGCAAGAAGAUUGCAUUCGGACCACCAGAAUUUAUCCUGCUUUCAUCCAGGGUUACCAAACUGAAGUGUUCAUAUGGCAAAAUUUCCAGCCUGCUUACCGAGCCAGCCUGCCCUCUCAUAUGA